AUGACUUCUCUGUGGGCACCUGCAGUUGUGGCUUUCCUAACCCUCCUCGGCACAGUCUUGGGCUGUGGCGUCCCUGCAAUUAGACCAAACGUGAGAGACACAGAGAGAAUCAUUAAUGGACAGAACGCAGUUUCAGGCUCCUGGCCCUGGCAGGUCUCUCUGCAGACAAGCUCCCGGGCCCAUUACUGUGGAGGUUCCUUGAUCAACCAGAACUGGGUCGCUACUGCAGCUCAUUGUAACCCAAGCCUCUCACAUUACGUGGUUCUUGGAGAAUACGAUCGGAACUCCAACGCAGAGCCAGUCCAGAUUAAGACAAUUGCCAAGGUCAUCACCCAUCCCUCCUGGAAUCCCAGCACCCUCAACAAUGAUAUCACCCUGCUGAAGCUUUCUUCUCCUGCUCAGCUGAAUUCCCGCGUGUCUCCCGUCUGCCUGGCUUCUGCCACGGAGACGCUGCCCGAAGGGCUGAGAUGUGUCACCACUGGCUGGGGACGGACCAGCACCAACACAAAUAGUCCAGCAGUAAAGUUACAGCAGGUGGCUAUACCCUUGGUGACGGUCAACCAGUGCCAGCAAUAUUGGGGCAAUCGUGUCACCAGCUCUAUGGUAUGCGCCGGGGGUGCCGGUGCCUCCUCCUGCCAGGGUGAUUCUGGAGGUCCCCUCGUGUGCCUGAAAGGUUCAAUCUGGAACCUGAUUGGGAUAGUCUCUUGGGGCACAUCCAACUGCAAUGUCCAAACGCCGGCCGCCUACACUCGAGUCUCCAAAUUCCGCAGCUGGAUAGACCAAGUCGUUGCGAGAAACUGAUCACGCCUUGGGGGAGCUCAAAGCAGGAAUAAAAUCACCAAGUUUAUUCCUGUUUAGGAAGGGGACUGAAGUUCAGAGGGACAGUUGAACCCAGAUGAAAGCUCAAGCAAGCAGUCAAGUCUUU